AACUGCUCUAAAAGAAUGUCCGAGAGACUGCGGCGGCGCUAGUGAGCCUGCCUCCUCUGCGCAACUGCGCCUGCGCCGCGCAGCCACCGGCCAAAGAGAUGGAGGCGGCGACUCCUCUUCCCAAGAAGAGGAGGUCGGAGGUGCCCGGAAGCAACCAACCGGAGGAAAUCUCGAGCCACGAGCCGGCGGCGGCGGCCAUGGAGGCGCCCGAAUCCGACAUCCGUGAACCACCGCCUGGAGCUGGAGGAGCAGAAGACGGCGUCGACCACAUCAGCGGGCUGCCCGACGCCGUCCUCGGCGACAUCAUCUCCCUCCUCCCCACCAGGGAGGGUGCCCGCACCCAAAUCCUCGCCUCCCGGUGGCGCCACCUCUGGCGCUCCGCUCCUCUCAAUCUCGACUACCAGGGCCUCCCCACCGAAGGUGACGUUCUGGUACGCCUCAUUUCCCAGAUCCUCUCCUCCCACGCUGGCUCCGGCCGCCGCUUGUGCAUCUCCGCGCGCCACCUCUACCACUACCCUGCCACCGUGGAUGCCUGGCUCCGGUCUGCUGGCCUCAGCAACCUCCAGGAGCUUGAGCUCUGCUGCGGCCGUUAUCUAUCAGUACUGCCGGCGGCGACAGCGUCCACCUUCCGUUUCUCAUCCAGCCUCCGUGUGGCCACAUUCAGCCAAUUCCGCCUCCCCGACGGUAUAUCAGAGACGCUUCACUUCCCCCAGCUGAAGCAGCUCGCGCUUGAAGGGGUCAGCAUCUCGGAAGGCUCACUGUACAGCUUCGUGGCUGCCUGCCCCGUCCUGGAAUCCAUGCUUAUUAGCAGGAGCAUUGGCUUCAGCUGCAUUCGGAUCAGCUCCCCAAACCUUAGAACCAUUGGCGUGCGUGUUGGAUACCGACACCAGUUAGUGAAAAUCAUGAUUGAGGAUGCCCCUUGUCUUGAAAGGUUGCUCCAACUUGACCUACUUAGGGAAUUGCAUAUAUUGUUAAUAUCAGCGCCCAAACUGGAGACCUUGGGUUGCCUUCCUUACCAUCAACAUCACUACCACUACCACGACUUUCAGGGAUUGCCUACUCUGUUCCCAACCGUGGUACACACUGUCAAGACUUUAUCUAUCUUUGUUUAUGCUUCUAACGUGGAUAUGGUCAUUGAUCUCAUGAGUUGCUUUCCCUGCUUGGAGAAGUUGUAUAUCCAGCAAAUUCAGUCGAUGGGAAAGAAUUUGUGGCGUCGUAAACACAAGAGUCACAUCAGAUGCCUUGACAUCCGUCUCAAGACAAUAGUGUUGGAAAAUUAUCAAGGCGUCAUGUCAGAUGUUAACUUUGCCACGUUCUUUGUGUUGAAUGCUAAAAUGUUAGAGUUAUUUAGAUUUGAGACUCGAGGCCUCUGCGGUAAAGGGUUCAUUCAGAGGCAGCAUAGUUUGCUUCAGCUUGGGAAAAGGGCAUCUAGAGGUGCUCGGUUUGUUUUCAAAAACAAUACAUGUCUCCGCAACCUUGAGGACAUCAAGCAUGUGCGAGAUUUGUCUGUAGCUCAUCCCUUUGAAUGCUGAUGUUGAACUUUGGAGGAGUUAUGCUUGCUUAUCACACUUUGUUCUAUGCAAAUUUUAUUAGGUCUCUUGUUUCUAGUGCUUUGAAGUUCCUGGUGUCCCGGAACCUUGUGAUUUUAAACCAACCAUGUAAGAUAUUUUGAGUAUGUGGACAAAUUUUCAGUUAAUAUUUAUGCCUAGGCAAGGUCUGUG